GAUCUGGAAAAGGAAAAAAGAGAUCAACGUUUAAGAUAUUCUGUGGAUACAAGGACAACGUACAUACGUAUAAUAUGAACAGAUGAAGAUGGAAGUAUCCAUUUAAACUGUUGAUGCGUUCAACAAAAAUGAAAAGUAAGGUUAGGGGCAAGUUCUGUUGCGUAUGGUGAUACAGUUGAUGAGGUGCCUGUUCACAAAGGUUCUCCACUGUACAAUUAAAACACGGCCCUGCGCGUUGAUAAUGCCAAAGAGAUCGCUCCAGAGCCCGCCUGAAAAGAAAUUGAAACCGAACCAGGGUUCCGUCAGCUCGGCGCAAAACUCCAGUCUCUCUAUAGAACAUAACCUCAAUACGGACACGAUGAUCAUCGACAAAGUGCAAGCGGAGAAUCAAACGCAGGAAACGUCUGUGUGCGUUUCAAAGCAAGAGACUUCAGUUUGCGACACGAGACAGCCACGGGAGAAGGUCGUGUACUUGGAAACACCUGUUAAGGCGGAGAAUGAUAAGAAAGAAUACAGAGUAAUUAGGUUGGAGAAUGGCCUGACUGCUUUGUUAAUUGCUGACCUACAUUCCUUCUGUACCGAGGAUGAUGAAUGUGCUGAUAAAGAAAAUGCAGUAAUCACCGAAAGCGAGAAGGAAGACGACGAGGAGACUGACAACGAAGAGGAUGAGGAGGAGAGCGGAGAAGAGAGCGAUACGGAGGACGAUCAGUCAGACUGCGACAAGGAUGUUGAUGACUCUUGUCCGUGCCCCAAGUCGACGAAAGGGGAAGAAAAAAUGGCAGCAUGUGGAUUGUCAGUGGGUGUGGGAAGCUUCAGCGACCCACCAGAAAUCCCGGGUUUGGCGCAUUUUCUGGAGCACAUGGUUUUUAUGGGAUCAGAGAAAUACACCGAGGAAAAUGAUUUCGAUACAUUCAUUAAAAAAAGAGGUGGGUCGGACAAUGCAUCCACUGAAUGUGAGUUGACGACAUUCUAUUUCGAGAUACAAGAGAAACACCUUCUAGCUGCCCUUGAUCGGUUUGCUCAAUUUUUUAUCAAACCUCUGAUGAAGGAAGAGGCUAUAACGAGAGAACGUGAAUCCGUGGAAAGCGAGUUUCAGAUGGCCUUACCCUCUGAUUUUUGUAGAAAAGAACAAUUGUUCAGUAGCUUUGCACAGCCGAAUCAUCCGGCUACGAAGUUCUGUUGGGGUAAUUUAAUCACGUUACGAGACAACGUAACGGAUGAGAAGCUCUACAAGGAGUUGCACAAAUUCAGGGAGCGUCACUACAGUGCUCACCGAAUGAAACUUGCCAUACAAGCCAGACUUCCACUGGACGUGUUAGAAGACUAUGUAAUACAAUGUUUUGCGAAUGUACCAAAUAAUGAUUUAUCACCUGACGAUUUUAGUUCGUUUAAGGGUGUAGAUUCCUUCAACACGCCGAGUUUUAGACGAAUUUAUAAAAUAAAGCCUAUAAAAGAUGUUUGCGAGGUAGAAUUAACAUGGUGCAUGCCACCUCUUCACGAUUUGUACAGAAGCAAACCGCAUCAAUAUGUUUCCUGGAUUUUGGGAUAUGAAGGAAAGGGUUCUUUGAUCAGUUACUUAAGGAGGAAGAUGUGGUGUCUCGGUAUUACUUGCGGGAACGGAGAAAGCGGCUUCGAGCACAGUUCGAUGUACGCGUUGUUCAGUUUGUCUUUGAUGCUGACUGAACAAGGGCACAAACAUUUGCCGGAGGUGCUGAACGCUGUAUUUUCGUUCAUCAAUUUAAUGCGCAGAGAAGGCCCCCAGAAAGAGAUUUACGAUGAAAUCCAUCAAAUCAAGGAAAUGAAUUUCAGAUUUACAGACGAGUCACCGCCAGCGGAAUACGUGGAAGACUUGUGCGAAAACAUGCACUAUUAUCCUCCUCGUGAUUAUAUCACCGGAAGCGAAUUGUAUUUCGAAUACAAUCCAGAGGCUAUACAAACUUGCCUAAAUUAUUUAAUACCGGAUGAUGUAAACAUUAUAAUUUUUGAUAAGAAAUUUAAUGACGAAGAGUUUGACAAAAUAGAGCCUUGGUUUAAAACUAAAUACACGGACACGGAGAUCUCGCAAGAGUGGAUAGAGUGUUGGAGAACUAUUGAACCUUUUCCCGAAUUUCAUUUACCAUUGGCCAAUAUGUACAUCACGGACGAUUUCAGUUUAAUUUCGAUACCACCUGGUGUUCCGAAGUAUCCCACAAAAAUUUAUUCAGACGAGAUAACAGAGGUUUGGUAUCGGCCUGAUCCGAAGUUCGGCCUGCCCGAAUGUUACAUGUAUUUUUGUAUCAUAUCACCGAUGGCUGUUUGUUCGCUGAAAGGUGUAGCUAUAAUGGAUUUAUUUGUUGCCAUAUUGAAGCAAUUGUUAGUGGAAACAUUAUACCCAGCUACAGUUGCUGAAUUGAACCACGAUAUCUACACAAACGAAAAGGGUAUUGUGCUUAAAGUGAAUGGAUUCAGUCAGAAGUUACCACUUUUGCUGAUGACCAUUGCAAACUGCAUAGCUGAUAUUCCGACGCUAAUAACUAAAGAGUUCUUCGAAGUGAUGAAGGAAGAAGAAAUUAAAACAUACUACAACAGCUUUGUGAAACCUAAAAGAUUAGUUCGAGACGUGAGAUUAUCAAUCCUAAUGCUUGUCCAUUGGACGGCCACGGACAAACACGCUGCCAUUCGUAACGUAGAGUUUUCCGAGUUCCAGAACUUUGUCAAACAUUUUACUGAUCACAUUUAUAUUCAGUGCUUGGUACAAGGUAACAUGACGAAGGAAGACGUGAUUAAAAACGUUCAAGAGUGUGUAAAGGCAUUGAAGUGUGGCCCGUUGUUGCCAAAUACUAUGCCACAAAUGAGAGUGGCGCAAAUACCAAUCGGCUCGCAUUAUUGCAAAGUAAAGAAUUUCAACAGUACUGACGUGAACUCCGUUGUGAUGAAUUACUAUCAAUCCGAGGUUUCAUCCAUUAGAUUGUUAGUUAUUAUCGAAUUGUUAAUUAUGAUUAUGGAAGAGCCUGUUUUUAAUCAGCUCAGAACGCUCGAGCAACUUGGUUAUAAUGUAUUUUGUUUAUUAAAGGAUACCUUCGGUAUCCUCGGUUAUACUGUCACAGUAUACACUCAGGCAGACAAGUACAGCACCGAAUUUGUGGAUCAGAGGAUAGAAGCGUUUUUGGAGAUGUUUAACAACAUCUUGAAAGAAACCUCGGAGGACGAUUUGGAUAGUGUCAAAGAAGCAGUAAUAAAAUUGAAACAAUGCGCGGAUAUACAUUUGAAAGAAGAAGUUGAUAGGAACUGGACGGAAAUUAUAAGUGGCGAUUACAUGUUUGAUAAAAUAGAAAAAGAACUGAAUAUGAUUGAACACAUAAAGAUCGACGAAUUAAGGGAAUGGAUGAGAUCUCAUACACUUAACGGGAGUAAUUUCAGGAAAUUAAGCGUACAAGUAGUUGGAACCGCAAAUUCAGCCGAUACGGAUACAGAGAAUAACAAAGAUAUCGAGGCAAAUGCAACUGAUUCUAAUUCAAAAAUAAAAAAACAUGGGGACGUGAAAUAUUCACUGAAUUACGUUCCUGCCACGGAGCUUGACAAAUCCGCGCUUCAUAUUACCAACAUCGAGGAGUAUAAAAACCAGCUGUACAUUUAUCCUGUAACUCACACCGCUUUAUGAUACUAAAUAUUUUUAAUGAAAUUAAUAGUCAUGUUUGAAAAAGUUUUGAAAAACUGGAACAAACAAAUAACGCA